AUGGACGAUUCGAAGGUCACGGAUGGCUCCCGGUCAGUCAUGAGCGACGAGAUCGAUUAUCAUCCGGCCCGUCGGCAUCCAGAGCAGCGGCACACGGCAACGCGAUCCGCAGCACGCCUCCUGCCGCCACAGGUGUGCAUCGGCAGCCUUCGGGCGCUGGAGGGCGCUGGAGACGAGCUGCUGGCCAUGGCCGUUCCAGGCGUCAUCUGCCAUCCAUCGUCCAACCCCAUCACAUCGGCUUCCUUCCAUCUCGUCCUGCAAUCCCACGACGCGUCAUCGUCCAUCAUCACCCGGAUCCCGUCAGAGACGAUACCGUCAGAGACGCCCGUCAGAGACGAGAGAUAUUCGACGCCGACAAGGCGGACAGACGGCUAG